GAAUACAGUAUAUAUAAUACAUGUAACAUGCACAGUAUGUGUUAAUCUACUCUUUAUGUUAUCGGUAGACUUCUGGUCAACAGUAGGCUGUUGAUAGUUAAGUUUUUGUGGAGUCAAAAGUUAUACUCAGAUUUAAGACUACACCAGGGAGUUAGUGCCCCUAGCCCCUUGCUCAAGGGUCAACUGUAGUUUAUUCUUUUGGAGGUAGUUGAGUUCAUAUGAGAUUUAAUCCACUGGCCAAUUAUUACAGGCUUCUACUUUCCAGACUAUACUUAAUAAGUGCACAGUUGGCUUUUGAAUUUUUCCCCUUUCUGAUUCAGACCAGUAAGCUGUUGAAGCAGGAGAUGGGAGGACAGCAUGUUUGGAAUUUAUGUAUGGAAUUCAUGUAUGGAAUAUAAAAUAUAAUUUUAAUUAACACUAAAAAUGAAGGUUACUUAUAUUUUUCUACCAGAGAAAUUAAAAGUGCUUGAGGGAAGGCACACUAGUGGUAAACCUAGUUGAUGGAUGAGUUGUGUCAAACGCUUGAUAGAAUUUUUUGUAGGGGGUCAUAGAAAUUUUUUUGAUGACUGCAGUAAAGAGAAUUUGGAAUUACAGAAAUAUUGUAAAGGCUUAUUUUCAGUAGUUAAUGAGGCUGAUUGAGUUUAAAGAUUAUAUGGGAAAAUGUAUUUUUUUUAAAUUACGAAGAAUUACAGUGAUGUUGUGGUUUUAGACCAGUAAAAGUUGUGUUUAAAGUGGUGCUUUCGUGUUAUUUGUUUUGUUUUGAAUGCAGAACACCGUUAUGGCCACCCAGGUAAUGGGGCAGUCUUCCGGAGGAGGAGGUCUGUUCACCGGCAGUGGCACCAUGGGCAUGGCCUUGCCUAACGACAUGUAUGACUUGCCUGAUCUCUCCAGAGCUGAACUGGCUGCGCCUCAGCUCAUCAUGUUGGCAAAUGUGGCCUUAACUGGGGAAGUAAACGGUGGCUGCUGUGAUUAUCUGGUUGGCGAAGAAAGACAGAUGGCAGAAUUGAUGCCUGUUGGGGAUAACAACUUUUCAGAUAGUGAUGGAGAAGGACUUGAGGAGUCUCCUGAGGUAAAAGGCGAGCCCAGUGGGCUGGAAAACAUGGAACUGGAGAGUUUGGAACUCAGUGUUGUGCAACCGCGGCCUGUGUUUGAGGUGUCAGCUGCCUCAGAACCGUACAGCGCAAAUAAAGAUCUUCCUCGGGAAACACCUGUAGCAGAGGACAAAUGCAAGAACUUGAAGACCAAGCCCUUUCGCUGUAAACCAUGCCAGUAUGAAGCAGAAUCUGAAGAACAGUUUGUGCAUCACAUCCGAGUUCAUAGUGCCAAGAAAUUUUUUGUGGAGGAAAGUGCAGAGAAGCAAGCCAAAGCCAGGGAAUGUGGCUCUUCCACCGGGGAAGAGGGAGAUUUCUCCAAGGGCCCCAUUCGCUGUGACCGCUGUGGCUACAAUACCAAUCGCUAUGAUCACUAUACUGCUCACCUGAAACACCACACCCGAGCCGGGGACAAUGAGCGAGUCUACAAGUGCAUCAUUUGCACGUACACCACAGUAAGCGAAUAUCACUGGAGGAAACACUUGAGAAACCAUUUUCCAAGGAAAGUAUACACAUGUGGAAAAUGCAACUAUUUUUCAGACAGAAAAAACAAUUAUGUUCAGCAUGUUCGAACUCAUACAGGAGAACGUCCGUAUAAAUGUGAACUUUGUCCUUACUCAAGUUCUCAGAAGACUCAUUUAACCAGACAUAUGCGUACUCAUUCAGGUGAGAAGCCAUUUAAGUGUGACCAGUGCAGUUAUGUGGCCUCUAAUCAACAUGAAGUAACCCGUCACGCAAGACAGGUUCACAAUGGGCCUAAACCUCUUAACUGCCCACACUGUGACUACAAAACAGCAGAUAGAAGUAACUUCAAAAAACACGUGGAGCUACAUGUUAAUCCACGGCAGUUCAACUGCCCUGUAUGCGAGUACGCAGCUUCCAAGAAGUGUAAUCUGCAGUAUCAUUUCAAAUCUAAGCAUCCUACUUGUCCUAAUAAGACCAUGGAUGUCUCAAAAGUGAAGCUAAAGAAAACCAAAAAGCGAGAGGCCGACUUGCCUGAUAACAAAAUCACCAAUGAGAAAACAGAAACAGAGCAGACAAAAAUGAAGGGGGAUGUGACUGGGAAGAAAAACGAGAGGUCUGUAAAAGUGGAGAAAAAAGAUAAUGUUUCAAAAGAGAAAAAGCCUUGUAGUAAUGCCUCAAGCCAAGUGACUACGAGAACUCGCAAAUCGGCACUGGAAGCUAAAGAGAUGGAUGUGCACCCAGGAAAUAAUGCAGAAAAAAGCUGUAAAAGCAAGAAAAGCAAAAGGAAGACAGAAGCUGAAGCCCGUUCCUUACAAGAACGUGUGAAUGAUGAGGAACCUGUGACAAAAAAGAAAAAGAAGGCAGAAAGCAAAUCCAGAAAUAGUCAGGAAGUGCCGAAGGGUGACAGCAAAGUAGAGGAGAAUAAAAAGCAAAGUAGUUGCAUGAAAAACAGUGCAAAGAAGAAAACUCUGAGAAGUAAAUCAUGUAAAAAAAGCGGCAAGCCUGCUCAGAGGAGGCCCACUCAGAUAGAGCCUCCUCCUCCCAUGGAGUCUGCUGAGGGGGGGCCUGUUCAGACGGAGCCUCCUCCCGCCGCCCCCCCAUCUCCUCCUCCUCCCCUUGCCCCCGAGCGGCAUGCUGAGGUCGAGGUUGUUCAGACGGAGCGGCCGCCUCCUCCUCCCCCUCCCCCCCCAUCCCCUCCUCCACCUCUUCCCCCCGGGGGGCAUGCUGAGAUCGAGGUUGUUCAGAAGGGGCCUGUUCAUGCGGAGCCUCCUCCUCCCGUGGAGCCGAUCCCCAAAAGGUCUCCUCACAAAGAUAAUGGCAAGGAAAAGACCAACAUGCAGAGUGAAAUGGCGCAGAAGGAGCAAGUCCUUAUUGAAGUUGGCUUAGUGCCUGUUAAAGACAGGCAGGUUCUAAAGGAAAGUGCCGGUGCACAGGAUCUCUUACCACCAUCACCACCUCUGCCAAAGGAAGACUUAAAAGAGGAAGAGUCAGAAGACCAAAAAUUAGUCCCUGCAGGGGAAGGACAUAAAGAAGCUCCUCUUCAAAAAGUGGAAGCAGAAGAGGCAGAUAAGAGUCUAGCUGGUCUUGCUGCUGUUACCAAGGCAUCUGCCAGUAUUUCAUCCUCUGAACAAAACUUGAAUAUGCCAGAGGGUGAAACUUCAGAUGGUAAACGUCAGGCUGACGCUAUGCUUUGUGAAAUGAAGAUGGACGCUGAUGAGAAGAAAACAGAGAAUCCCCCCGGCAGAGACUCGGCGGUUGAAGAACCAGCUUCACCACCACUUCUUCCUCUACCGCUAGAAAAAUGUGAAGCAGUGUCCACAGCUACUGUGGCAUCACCUCCUGUCACCGUGGCAGUAAAUGAGUCUCAGGAAAUGGAUGAAGACGAAGGCAUCCACAGUCAUGAUGGAAGUGACCUAAGUGACAACAUGUCAGAGGAUAGUGAUGACUCUGGAUUGAAUGGGGCUCGACCAGUUCCACAAGAGACUAGUAGAAAAAAUGGAAAGGAAGCCUUGGCAGUCAAAGUGGCCGAGGGAGAUUUUGUUUGUAUCUUCUGUGAUCGUUCUUUUAGAAAGGAAAAAGAUUACAGCAAACACCUCAAUCGCCAUUUGGUUAAUGUAUACUUCCUUGAAGAGGCAGCUCAAGGGCAGGAGUAAAUAAACUUUGGGCAAGGCUUCAGUUCUUAGUUUGUAAGGUCUGUGACAUUUUGUAUUCAUUUGUAGUAGUAGACAGCCUUUUGUUUUUAAAAAAUUGCUUUAAUUAGUAUCCAAUCUUGAUUUUUAAGUGGCAUUCUUUUCCUUAGGAAUCCGUGUACCUAAUGAUGUACAAAUUUUAGCAAAUCCAAGGGAGUUAGUGUAAUAAACCAGCUAAAUCUAUUAGCUUUUGCUUUUAAUUGAACCAAGAGGGCCAAGGUGGUAUUAGAGCAUUCUGUCGAUUUGUUCAACUAUAACUAUUGAGUUUUUUCCCCAUGUCUACUCCUGUUUCACUUUAGUUUAUUCUUAGUUCCUUGUUUAGCUCUGUAAAAAUUGGCAUACUUAAAUAGCAAAUUACUUGAAGAAUUUGCCUGCUUUAUAUAAAGUUAGCACUUUAAAAUUGUUUUAGAAAUGAAAAGAGACAUUUAAAUUGAAGAGAAGUUCUGCCAACAAUGGACAGUGUAUCAGCCCAGGUAUUUACUUCCUGAGUUUUGAUCAAUACAUAUUUCUUAUUUGUGUAUAUGUUAAUCGUCAUAAAAACAUUGAUUUUGGUGUGUUUUUUUAUUUCGGUGCUUUAAUAGCUUAAGAUGUUGCACAUUGUUUUUUAAUCUAUGCAGUUACAUUUUUUUCUAGAACUAGCAUUUUUGUUGAACAGUAACACUUUAUACAUAUAUUUGCAUUUUAUUUUUUCCUCUUUGGAGGGAUGCUUUUAAUCUUGUUUGCAAAAGGGCAGUUUUCUUUUUUCCUUUGCUGCAAUUGUCGUUUUUGCAGAAUAUUAAUGUGUGCAAAUUUCUGAGCAAAUGAAACAUGCAGGUUAAAUUCAUUGAUUUUGAUAUUCAUAUCUAUGCCAGAAUCUGCAUUUCAUAAGUUAUUUAUUUUAAAUGCGUAUAAUGAAUUCAUAGCUCUCAGUUUGAACUUUACAAUAAAUAAGCCACUAGGUCUAUACUGAAUGGAUUUUUUUUUUUUCUGAAUGGAUUUUUAUCUCAAAUACCAACCAUAAGUAAACUUUUGGCCUGUCUUAGUACAUCUACUUCCUAAAUGUACAGUGUUAAAUCGUAUUUUAGAGGGAAACCUCUUUCAUAGAUGGUUGGUGUUUUUAUGUCUACUCCGCUGAAUAAAGAACUGUAAUUUUUAUUUGGAAACUGCAAAUCUGGAAUUAGGAGGCAUAAUUUACCCCUUCAAGUUAUACAGAAUAUCAGUUUGUGAGAUUCCAAAGCCAUAGCGAUUUUACAGAAAACCUAUGAUGAGAAAGGUAGUAUGAGUGCUGGUAGACCAGCUGCUACUUCCUGUGAAUACAGUGAAAAAGGCUGGUGAAAGUUAAAUUCAGUCCAGAUUAAAAAAAUCACACUUUCUCAGGGAUCUCCACCAACUAGUGGGUGUCCUAGCUGUUCCUGUGACUGCCUUUUUCUACAGGCGAGGACUCAAAUGAGCUGCAGCUAUUCUCGUGUUCCUGUGGGGCACUUUGUAUGGAAGAGUAUGUACUUCCAAACUUUGUUGGUAGGUUCUUUGGCCAGUCACCAAAGAAUAUGAAAGAAUCCAGUAAAGGAUUUUUCUUGUUGACAGCAGUUAUUCAUUGUAGUCCAAUAAAGUAUGAUCCCCAUAGGGAACCCUGAACAAUUCCAGUUCUCCCAUGUUCUAUUCUGAAAUAACCACUUUAUAUUUCAUUGAUUUUCUUCUGUCUGAUGACCUCUGAAGCAGGUUUCAGAGUUUGGCAAUGCAACAGGAAAGAUUAGGAAAAGUGUUGAAGUAUGGGUGGAAAACUUGUUAAAAUUCUGAGAAGUCCAAGUUAAAAGACAUUUGAACUUGGAAUUGACUGGGAGGCCAAAGAUUUAAAGAAGCGGAAGAUUCUCUCAAGACAUGAGGAGUAAGUUGUGUUACUGGUGUGUGUUUUGUGUGCACGUUGGGGAUUUGUAAAUGAUGUUGAAUUCUAAGCUCCGACAAUCAUUGUCAAUGGAAGAUUAAGCUGCAAAUAUUUAUGUUUUAAAACUUAAAUUAUAAGGCUAGUUAAAUCUUUCUAACAACUAUUUUUUAAUAUUCAUGGGUACAUUUUAUAUAAGUUACCUUUUACAGUAUACAUGAAAAGAUUCAUGUUAAGUACAAAUUACAGAUUGGGAAUCAGUUUUGGGAAGAGGUUUUGUGGAUUCUUUUGAUACUUCAAAAGAAAGAAAUCUGACUUCUGGGGAAUUGGACUAAUUUUCUUGUCUAGAUUUUAAGACUAGAAUGCCAAAAACAAAAAUGUGAAGGAAAUUAAAACUCCUUAUUAUGAAAAUGAUCUGUGAAAACAUUGUUACUGGAAAUUGAAUGAACUUGAGGCCUUUCUUCCAGAAAACAAGGACUUGAUUGUCAGGCCUAUAUUAGGUUCUGAACCUUAAUGCCAUGUAUUUGUUCUUAUUAAAAAUUGUUUCAAUGAAAAGUGCAUUAGUAAUAAGAACUUCUGGUCUAGUUGGGAGUUCUUCCAUUUGAAAAAUGUGAUAUUUGCAUGGAACUGUUUGAAUCUUUUUAUUUUCUCAGUAUACCCUCCACUGGAUAGGAUUGAAGCUAGAAUUUUCCCUUUUGAUAAAGGAAUGAAAAGUGAACAUGUUAUUUGUAGAUUGAUGUUUAGUACUAGAGCAAAAGUUGAAAUAUUAGAAUAUAAGCCUAAUCCUUGGUAGUCUUAUAAAAAUAUAUCUUUUAACUAUCUUCUGAACCUAUAUUCACAUUGGUUUUCAAGGUAUUUUAAGUUAUAUUUUCUUCCUCUUUUCAGAGCUGCUUCUAUGGGGCUGCCUUUUUUUCUUUUUUAAAGUUAAAUUGAGGUGUCAUUCACAAAGGGCUGCAUUUUUUGUUAAGGUUUCUUAUGACUAUGGCUGGGUGUUUUACUCUGGUCUCCCAAGAAGGGCCAUUUUAUCUUUGUCAUGACUUUAGAUUCCCUCUAGAGUCACUUCUAAAGUCAUGUGGUCUUUAACUUUGGGAACUAUUUCUCAUCUGAGUGCUAAUUCAGAUUUAAGCUUGAGUCAUCGCCUAUCACCCCAUGAAUGUUGACAGUGGAAGGAAUACCUUUCCUGUAGUUUCAGUUCUAGACUGAAAACCUGGGGGAAGAAACUUCAUUUUCUUUUUUGCACAAAUCAGAAAAACAGCUACUGUGCAGUUUCCUUGUUGACCUCAGCAGAUGAACUGGACUGGUAGUGUUAAUUCAGAUUUAAGAAAUUAUCUGAAUCUUGAUUUGAGUAAACUUGUGAUCUACAUGCAAUAUUAACUAGAUUGGAUUGCUUUUUUAUUUUCACACGUACACAUAGGCUCUCCCCACCCUCAUCAACAUCCAUUAGUUAUUGAACUUUGUGAACUGGCAUUGAAACAUUACAACAAUGUUUUGUUGCACCAAUUUUAUAAACUUUUACAGUGCAAUACGUGUUAUUUUUCAGAGACAAACCAAAGUUUAAUUUCUCAAGGUUCAUGCUGUUUGCUUUAGCAGCAUUUGAUGGUGGAUCUUUUAUAUACAUUUGUAAUAGAUGGAAAAAUAAACCAGAUUGCAAAUGCUUUUUCUUUCUUUUUUAAAGCAAACCAUGUACCAAGUUUUUUGGUCCAAAUUGUGUAGGAUAAGUUAAAUUGCGUUCUAAUAACCAAUAUGAGUGUAUUUCUGUAAGUAUAGUUAUGUUGAAAUAAAGUUUUAAAAAGC